AUGACCCACUGUAGUGACAAUGAUGAGCAGAGUGAUGACGGAGCAGAAAAACCCAACAAGGGCCAGAAGAAGAGAAGUAAAGGAGAAAAGCAUGUCUUUCCCCCUGAUGAACAGAUAGUCUCCGGCUUUGCUGAGCACAGGGACACGGACAGAAUAGUUGACAGCUGCCUCACCUUGACGGAGGUAAUGGUGGCGUACCAGCAGAGCUGCAGCAGACACCAAGUCCAACCCAAAGCUCACAUCCUGCAGCAGUUCCAGCAGGGUGUGUGUGUAGGUGGCGGUGUGAAAUGUCUGGAUCUCCAAGGUGAGCGAUUAGACCAGCGCUCCUGUGAAGCUCUGGAAGUCGUUCUGAAAUCGCUGCACUUUGAUUUCAUCAAUCUGCAGGCAGCCCAACUGGAGGAAAAUGGAGCAUCGUCCUUGCUGGAUAUGAUUUUGUACUAUGAAUCUACAACCCAUCUUGACAUUUCUGACAACAGCAGUAUGGGAACAUCGUGUUGGAGGGCCCUCGCUCAUUUGAUAAAGCAGAGUGUGCGUCUUUCCAGACUGGACAUCUGUAAUGUGCCCGUGGUUGACUACCCGGCCCAGUCUCUAUCCAAAGCUCUGCUGACCAGCAGGCUCACAGUGCUGCACCUUCAUAACGCCCAGCUCAGCGGCAUGCCACUCUACACACUGGUUGGUGCACUGAAGUCAAACAAGGCUUUGAAAGAGCUCCACCUUACCAACAACCUGCUGAACAGCUUCCAGGAUGCCAUGUAUUUAGGAGACCUGCUGCGCUACAACACCACUUUACAGACACUGGAGCUCAGCAGCAAUGUUGUAUCAGAUGCUGGUUUGGAGGAGCUGUGUGAUGGUCUGAGGUGGCAGACUGCAGGUGUGAGGGUCCUGCUGCUGAGGAACAACCACAUCACUGCAAAUGGAAUGGUCCAUCUGGCCAAAGCUCUGCCCGGGCUGAAGGUUCUGCAGGUCCUGGAUUUGAGUGAGAACCUCCUGGGGAACGAGGGCCUGCAGGUGAUCAGGGAGCCUCUGAUGGUGAACCGCUCGCUGCUCCAGCUCGGCCUGGCCCAGGCCAACAUCACGUGUGAAGGUGCUGUGGCGUUGGCAGAGUUCCUUGCAGAGAGUCGUCAGAUUCAGCGUUUGGACCUCCGUCAGAAUGAAGUAAAGGUUGGAGGUCUGAUGGCCUUGUGUCUGGCCCUGAGGAUCAACCGGUCUCUUGCUAGUCUGGAUUUGGACCACAUACCUCCACAGGAGCAGGACAAGUUUCUGAUGGAGACUCAGACGAGGCUCCAGUUAGAGAUCACCCAGCGCUGCCUCGCCAACGCCAGCCGCUUCAUCACCACGGACACCUCUGAGACUGUACGAGCAGACAGAGUGACUACGACCUGAGCUCACACACACACACCCACACACACACACACACACACACACACACACACAGACACGCUAACCUUGUACAGAUCACCUCAGAAAGCACUCAUGGAUUCAGUCACACAGACGCUAGGUCCCAGUGUCCCAAAUCCAAACAGCUGACUAGCAGAUAUAUGCGAAUAAUAAUUCUAUCGCAAAUAAUGAUAACCAUAAAACUCCAAAUCCGGGUAAUAAAGGCGGAGUGGAGCUCCCUAAUGAAACACCGGCCUCCCCGCUGCUUCCCGCCUAAUGUUCCCGCCGAGCCGCUCGCCACUUUCCAUAAAGCAAUUUUGCGAGCCCACUUCAAUCGUGAAUCACCUAGAAAUGAAGAG